AUGAACGCGAGCGCGCUGGGCGCUGUAGUGGGCCAGUGCGCCGCGAAGGAGGACGGGGAUGGGCUGGCAAACGUGUUUGACAUGCAGAGCAGCACGACGCGGCGGUGCUGUGCGGGCGUAAAGGAUGCAUCGGUUCCGGCCUUGCAGAAAAGCGUCGGCCUGCACGGGCCGUGGAGCGAUGUCGUGGCGCACUAUGUGCGGAGCGGUGCGCUGCUCUUUCACGCGGACGCUGGCGCGCGUGCGCCUGCCGAGUCGUGGCAUCUAGCGUGCGAGGCGAUGCAGAGUGCGCUCGGCGCGUUCCUGCGCUACUUUGGCACGCUCGCGCCCGGGCGCUGGGCGCUGCCGGUGCUCUAUGCGCUGCUGCGCGACCUGCGCUGGGUCGCCCAAGGCGCGGACGACGCGGCGACCAGUGCGGCGCUCGCGGAGAAUGAGCAGGCGCUCCCGGUGCAGAAGCACAUGGAAGAGUGUGCACGGCAGCUGAACAAGGCGUUUUCCGCGUGCAUUGCCGACCGGCACCAGGCCCUGUCGCAGAGCAAAAAGUGGGGCACGUACGCAAUCGUCGGCAUGAUCUUUCGCAUGUACUUCCGCCUAAAGUCCACGGCGCUCUGCAAGAAUAUCCUCCGCGCGCUGGCCGCUGCGGACCUUCCGCCGCUGCACCGCUUUCCGAAGGGCGACCGCGUGACGUUCCAGUACUAUGUCGGCCGCCUCGCGUUCCUCGACGAGGACUAUGCCAAGGCGGAGAAGGAGCUGAGCGAGGCGCUCGCGCUCGCGCCCAAGCGCCACGCGCACAACUGCGAGCGGAUCCUCUUGUACCUGAUUGCGGUGCGUCUGCUGCAGGGCGUGCGCCCGAGCGCGAGGCUCUUUGCGUCGUAUCCCCGGCUCGCCGCGCUGUACGAGCCGAUUGUCGAGGCGUGCUGGCAAGGUGACGUGCGCCGCUUUGACGACGUGCUCGCCGCGCCGCAGAUGGAGCGCACGCUCGUGCGCCUCGGCCUGUUUCUCGCGUUGGAGCGCGCGCGCGAAGUGUGCACUACGCGCCUCUUUCGGCGCGUGUGGCGCGCGAGUGACCAGUCGACGCGCCUGCGCCUUGGCCUCUUUACAGACGCCAUGCACUGGCUCCAGCUCCCGCUCGCGCCCCAAGAGACCGAGUGGGCGAUCGCGACGCUGAUCGCCAAAGGGCGCAUGAAGGGGUACAUUGCGCACGAGCGCCAGAUGCUUGUCCUGAGCGCCACCGAUCCGUUCCCGGCCGCAUCACUCGCGAUGCUUACAUAG